UAAGAAGAAUGAUUUUUCCAUAUUGAAUGACUGAGAUACCUCAUUGUAUUUUCUCCCUUUCUGCCAUUCUAUAGGAUUGUGGUGAAUCUAAUCACAGCAACAAAUUCACUUCACCUUGACCUUUCACAAAGGUGUAAACAGUACAGAAUGGGCUCAGUGACAGCAAACUUCAGCUUACCCUGGGGCACUGGUGUGCUAAUCGAUGUUUCUAAUCACACAUCUGCUGGAUCAACUCCUGGAGUGACUUCUUCUUCAGAGCAUCUCUGCACCAUGUGUUGCUGCCGAUUACUGAACCAUACGCUGACAGUGGCGUUCAUGGUUGGCCUGGCCUUCGCCAUUGUUGUCGGCAAUGUGGUGACGCUCACAGUGUUUAUGCAGACACGCCAAUCCCGCUCACCACAGGGUUAUCUCAAAGUGUCUCUGGCCAUUGCUGACAUGAUGGUUGGGAUAGUGGUUGUGCCAUUCUCUGUUUAUACUGAAAUCUCCAUCAUGGUGGGCAACACUCCUCCUAUGUGGUACCAGACUGGAUCUACGGUCUCAGCACUAGAACUUUCCAGCUCGUGGCAGCCCUGUAUGGUGAUCGGCCCAAUGUUUGCUGGCUGCACUUUUGUCUCUAUCAGCACUAUAUUCAUGAUGACAGUGGAGCGCAGUGUGGCAAUCAUAUGGCCAUUACAGAAAGAUACACUUGUGACACGGAGGCGGACUUUGCUCCUGAUUCUUGCUUCAUGGACCGGCAGCUUUCUGAUUGCAAUGGCACCUCUAAUCUUGAGUGACAGCUUUACUCUGGAGUACAAUGAGUGCAGCCGGAUGUGUAACUAUGUCCCACACCUGGUGGGUCUUCAGUUGCCGGCUGACACCCAAAUUAUGCUGCUAUUUCCAGCAUUCGACUUCACACUCCUGGGCAUCACUUUGAUAGUUAACAUCCUGUCCUUCACUAGCAUCUGCCGCUACACCCGCAAGCGCAAACUCCUCUCAGAGGGGCUUGAGGGAGGUGCUAGCACUUGCUCCCUUAGACCCUCCUUUUCGGACAUCAAGGCAGCCAAAACUAUUGGUAUCCUUACCUUUGCUUUUGCAGCCUCGUUCUCUCCCAUUGCCGUAUUUGUAUUGGGCAAUGUGGUCGGUUACACUUGGUGCAGCUUUUCCUUUUUUGCCUUCUGGAUCCUGACAGGAAACAGCUGCUGUAAUGUUAUUAUCUACAGCGUCAGGGAUCAUCGCUUUAGGAAAGGAGUAUCGCUUCUUUUUCAUAGGGACCGCUCGCCACCACACUCUGAGAAGAGCUAACAUUUCCAGAUAUAGACCUAUAUCUAGAUUUAAUCCUAAGGCUACACCAGCAUCACCAACAAUUUUAAUUGUUAAGCAUUUCAUAAGGAUAGCUGGGACUUUUUUCACCUGGCUUUUGAAAAGCCAUAAAAAAAAAAAAAAACACAGAACAACUUCACAGAAUGUGUCUGGAUUUGUGUUUUGUAUAUAUUGCUGUUAUUAUAGUUUGUCAGAUUUGUCAUGACAUCAUUGUUUAGAGGAAUAUUUAUUAUAAUUUAACCUUGAUAUUUAAUUGAUCUCUGAACACAUGCUUCAGUAGGCGUUAUAAGGCAUGAUAAGGCUCAUGGAGAAGUGAGAUCUUUAGCGUUAACAUGGUCAAUAUCACAAAUUUGUGUGCAUUUACAUAUACAUAAUGUACAUAACCUAGACUUGAAAAAUUGAAUAGUCAAGAUAUUGCACAUUUUCCUAAUCUUAAUUUAAGCCUAAUUUAAGCCUAAACCUUAUUAGUUUAACUAUUCAUCACUUAGUGAGAACAAGCU